AGUGAUUCUAAACGCUUGUUGUCAUUUCAUUUGAUUUCAAUCCUAACGCAAGCGGAAACUCUAAUCAAGCUUGUAUUGUAGCAGCAAUGUUGGUGCUCUUCCUUUGUCUCUUCCUCUUGUUACUCUUCUUAUUCAAAUUCAUCACCGCCUAUGGGGAUUUCACUUUGAUGUCAAAGAAGCAACCAAAACUCGAAAAAAUUGAAGAUAAGGUUGUUUGGAUUACUGGUGCUAGCCGUGGAAUUGGCGAAAUUCUAGCUAAACAGCUUGCAAGUUUAGGGGCCAAAUUAAUAAUCUCUGCAAGGGAUGAAGCUGAGUUAAACCGAGUAAAGUCACAGCUGAAAGGUAAGCAUGCACCUGACAAGGUAAAGAUUUUGAAGUUGGAUUUAACUUCUGGAGAAGAUGCUCUUCGGGAAGCUGUCGAUUUAGCAGAAUGCUUUUUUCCAGAGUCUGGCAUUGAUUAUAUGAUCCAUAAUGCUGCUUUUGAGCGCCCUAAAACAUCCGUUUUAGAUGUAACCGAGGAUGGUCUCAAGGCAACAUUUGAUGUCAAUGUUAUUGGGACAAUAACUCUCACAAGGCUCUUGACACCUUUCAUGUUGAAGAGGGGGAAAGGUCAUUUUGUUGUGAUGAGUAGUGCAGCAGGAAAGACACCUGCCCCAGGUCAGGCUGUAUACUCCGCUUCUAAAUUUGCACUAAAUGGGUACUUCCAUUCCUUGCGUUCAGAGCUCUGUCAGAAAGGAAUCCAGGUAACUGUUGUCUGUCCUGGUCCCAUAGAAACAAAAAAUAACGCUGGAUCAAGGGUUCCAUCUGAGAAGCGUGUGUCAGCGGAGAAGUGUGCAGAGCUGACUAUUAUUGCUGCAACCCAUGGCUUAAAGGAAGCUUGGAUAUCAUAUCAGCCUGUGCUUGCGGUCAUGUACCUUGUUCAGUACAUGCCAACUAUUGGUUAUUGGCUCAUGGACAAGGUUGGUAAAAAUCGAGUGGAGGCUGCUGAACAGAAGGGAAGCACUUAUUCUUUGAGCCUACUUCUUGGAAAAAAUAAGGCUGCGUGAUGCCUAUAGAUUCAUGUUUUUCAAAAUAUUUUUAUCAAAUACAAUUUACUUGAAGGUUAUUUUAUCAAACUGAGCAACACCCUUUCUGACAAUUGACAAAAUACACCAUACAGAAUAUCUAAUUGAACAAUAAAAGGAUAAUGUGGUACUUCAAAUUUCCUGCCAUAGCUAAAACUAAGGAACGUUUAGACCUUGCAUUUGCAUGAGAUGAAUUCCAAAGGUGCAACAUGUGAUAGUGUUAUCUCCUCUAUGGACAAUGAAGUUUUAAAAAGGAGAAUAUGAAUGGAAAACCUUUUAAUCUUUAAAUAUUUCUUAUUUUUUUAAUAUUAUCGUUUUUGAAGAAUAUCAAUGUAUGUAUUGCAAUCGUUUGUAAUUGUAUGCAUUUUAUGUCACAAAUAGCGUGACUAUUGAAUUCUAAUGGGUGCCUCUACAUGUAUAAACUAAACUCCAAAUUGAUUCCAAUAUACAACAGUAUAUUUGGUAGUCUGUA